AUGGGCGGAGGCGCGGACCCGCUCCCGCGCAGGCCCACCGCGUUCACGUCAGCCACGCUCCAGGCGGGCGACUCGAGCGACGCCGAGGACGAGGCGAUGCGAUCUCGCUACCUCCCGACGAUGGAGGUGGCGAUGGUGACGAUCCCGGACGCGCCGUUGCGCCCCAUGGCCCCCGGCGACCUGAUCGCCCGCGCCACCGAGAUGCUCGCGUCCUUCGACGGCGACAAGGUCUCGCCCGACGCGCACGCCGAGCGGUGCCUGGACGAGUGGCGCGUGAGGGAAGCCUCGGACGCGACGUUCAUCCGGCAGUGCUUCUACGGGUGCGUGCGGUACGCCAAGAUGCUCGGCGCGUUCACGAAGACGAUGUAUCACGCGCGCGGUGGCGACAUCUUACGCAGCGACAGAGACCUCUACACCGUCUACGCGUACCUCCUCCUCCUUCGCCUGGACGAGCUCGGGUGGGAUCAGUUCGCGCGACUGCUGGGCGCCAACUCGGAGCAGAAGAUGCUUCCGCUGAUGAAGUUCGCGUUCGACGAGCGCGUGCUGGACGACCUGAUGAGGGACCAGUGGCUGAAGAUAUACGACCCGCCGUGGGUCGACAACGUGCUGGCGUCGCUGCUGUCGUGGCGGCACGAGGCGGACGACCUCAUCGCUCGAUACGAGGACGAGGUGCACUUUGCCAAGUUGGGCGACGGGGCUCGCGAGCGACACGAGUCGUGGAUGACGACGGACGCCAUCGAAAACGAGCUGGGGGACAAACAAAAGGGCCCGAAACUCAACGGCGUGACCGUCCCGAAGCCGUUCAAGCUCCACCCGCCCAAGCCCAAACCCCUUCCCGCGCGGUAUCAACCCCCGAAAAAACCCAAGCCCAAACCCGUGCCCGCGUCGAACAAGCCGCUGUGGGAAAUCGGCGAGCUCACCGCCGAGCAACGGGAGGUUCGAAGGGCGGAGGAAGUAAACGCGGAACGGGCGAGGCUGAAGCUGGAGGAGGCGAACAGGAUGGCGUUCAAGCUCGCCGCGGUGGAGCGACCGACGAACCUGGACGCGGUGCGAGCGGAGGUUGAGAGUGAAAGGGAGAAACACUUUCUCGCGGCGAGGGGCGAGGGGUUCAGGGCUCGGCCGAUGCCGUCGUUUUACGAGGAGUGGGCCGGGGUGGAACGAACGAGCACGAGUGGGCCGGGGGGGGAUUCGGGGGGUUCUGGUGAGGGCGAAGAUGGCGAAGUCGGCGAAGGGAGCCCAUCGAAAAAGCCGGAGAUUCGGCUCAACGCGGCGGCUAUCUUGCGCGAGGAUGCGCUGUACAAGAAGAAACAGGCGGAAGAGGCGAAGAUGUUGGAGACGUACGAGCUCGAAAGGCGGGACGAGCGGCAGUUUUCGGAGUGGCAGCGGACGAUGAGGGCCAAGGACGAGGAGGCGCGGCGUCGCAAGGUUGAGGCGCUGAAGAAGGAGAUGGAGGCGGCUUUCGACAAGGCGGUGGCGGCUAGGGAACACGCGCUCGUCCAGAACGCGCGUAAGCGCGAGGAGGUCAAGGCGGAGAGCGAGGCCUUGAGGCUGCGGCGGGAGGAACGGGAGCUCCUCGAGGCGGCGGAGGCGAAGGAGCGCAAGGCGAAGGUGCUCGCCAUUGAAACGGAGGCUCGUCGAAAGCGAACGGAGACGCUGUCGAAGAACAGGGCUUCGGCGGAGGCGCGAGCGCGGGAAAAGGCGGAGACGGCGGCGCGGCUUCACGAGCGGCAGCGCGCGGAUCGCGAGCGCAAGGCGGACCUGUGCCGACGGAUUCGCGCACUCGAGCUCAGGCCCAAAACAAACGUCAAGGACCACGCGGGGCAAAAGAGCGUUCUCUCCAAGACGUACGCGGUGCCCAUGCUCGAGGACAUGUCCGUGGCUGAGCUCAAGGAGCGUUUGGUGCGGUGCAAGCUCCGGGCGGCUGCGGAGACGGCGGAGAACGCGGCGAGGAUCGCGAGCGAGCGGAAAGAUCGCGCCGCUCUGGUCAACGAAAAGCUCGCCAACAUCGAACGCAUCAGGUCCAUCGCCGGGGAGCAGGGCGCGAGGCGAAGGACGCUAUCCGCGGAGGAACGCGCCGCCAAGGACGUCGCGCUCAAGGAGAAGAACGCGAGGGAUGCGGAGGUGCUUCAAAAACGCCUCGACGCGAAGCGUUUAGAGCGAACGCGACUGGCGGAGGAGAAGGCUCGCGCCGACGCAGAGUACGAGUUUAAGCAGCGGCGAAUCAUGGGCGCGAAUGAGGAGGUUCGUUUACAUCGCAAGGAGCACGAGCUCGCGCGAGCCAAGGACCGAAAGGAGUACGAGAUGAGUCGGCGGAUCGAGACGGAGGCGAGGUUCGCGGCGGCGACGGCGCGAAGGGACGCGAGGACCAGGGGCGACGCACGAGCUCGAGAGGGCGAACUACGAGCGACGUACAACGCCGAAUACGACGCCAACGUCGCUCGGCUCACGAGUAAAAAGGCUGAGGAGACGGAGGAGACGCUGAGGCGCAAGCGCGACGCCGUGGCGCGCGGGCGACUGCGGGAGGAGCGUCUCAAGGAGAGGCUCGGGCCCGUGAAAGCCGGGGUUGGGCCCGUCGCGCUCGCGAGAACGUUGGAAGGGACCGCGGCGGGCGGAGGCGGGUGGAACGGCGCGGGGGAACGACCGACGCGGGAUUUUCUCAUAUCGGGUCCGCUGAAGGCGCCCGGGGAGGGCACGAGGGUGCAUAGGACGAUGGGGCCGGAUGGGACGCGAUCCGUCGAGGAUGCGCACCUGAGCCACGGAUGA